AUGGCUACGACACAGAGUGUGCAGUGCUUCGGCAAGAAGAAGACUGCAACCGCUGUCGCACAUUGCAAGGCUGGAAAAGGUCUCGUCAAAGUAAACGGCAAACCUCUCGCCCUCACUCAACCGGAAAUCCUUCGUUUCAAGGUCUACGAACCGCUCCUCAUUGUCGGCCUCGACAAGUUCGCCAACGUCGACAUUCGCGUCCGUGUCUCAGGCGGUGGUCAUACAUCUCAGAUUUACGCUAUCCGCCAAGCCAUCGCGAAGUCAAUUGUGGCCUACUACCAGAAAUAUGUGGACGAAUAUGCGAAGAACCAGUUGAAGCAGGCUUUGGUGACGUACGACCGGACGCUGUUGGUGGCAGAUAACAGGCGGUGUGAGCCAAAGAAGUUUGGAGGACCAGGAGCAAGAGCGAGGUACCAGAAAUCCUAUCGUUAG